AUGAAAGAUGUUAUACAACAUAAGCAAUUACAUAGUAGGAUAAGUCCAGAUUCAGAGUUGAGUGAAAUUAUAAAUCUCCGCACAAAAAGAUACCCACUUACCGUCACUUUACCAUGGAUCAGGAGUACUGGACGACCCAACCAUGACGCUAUUUGGUUAGCCGAAUCUACGCAUCCUCGUGUCGGAAAUCCACCGCCAUCUGCCCUUAAUAUUGAACGAUCGCUCAGUAUAGACGCUCUAAGUCGGGUGCUCUCCUGGCCCAAAUCACAAAGCUGUGCCAGCCAGUUUAUCCAAUCUAUCAUGCCGCUCAAUUCACUCCAUCCAGACGUUCUGCCGACACCAUUAAGACCGACUUAUCAACAAGUCCCAAUGCAAAAAUCUGGAAUUAAUUCAGUGGGAAGUAGAAGUGAAAAAGCCAUCAGCUCUUCUACCACGGUUUCUACUGCUCCCAGCAGUGAAGUUUCCACUUCCGGGGCCCCGAAGGCCAACCUUCAGAGCAACUUGACUCUGCGGGGAAACAAAGAUUCAUUGAUUAGCUCUGUGAGGUCCCACAGCUUGAGGGCCCAUAAAACACGGCAGGGCGUUAAAGCUAAUCAUACUACUCUCCCGGAGCAGAGCCUGCGAUUGAUGAAUACUGAUGUGUCGGAAAGAAAGUUGGUACCUCCAAUAAAAUCGUUCCCAUCAAUAGCAAUAAGCCGAAAAGCUCAGGAAACUGCUGCGCCUGUUACCACUCUUCCCAACACUCAAAGUGACUUCCUUAAUAGGCAAGGUAUUAUGACCUCUAGCAGCCUUGAUCAGACAAAUAAAAUCGGGAAACCAUUAAAAAGAGUCAUCAUAGUCUCGAACAAGCAUAUUGGAGAGCAGAGCGAAAAGUCUGAAGGCCCGCCCACUUUUUCUCAACUAACCAGGGUCAAAGUCUCUCAGACCGAUGAUAAGGGCGCCAAUCUGAAUGCUAAUUAUUUUUUAGAUAAUCAUUCCUCCUCAACCCCAAUUGGCGAGAGCCAUCCCUGUAACUUUCGGGUUAAAAGUCGCACUGUAGCCAAACAUUUAGUCAAUUCCAUAAACAGGAGCACUGGAAAUUCGUUGGUUUCGACCAACCCCCGCAUGGUGGGAGUUCUUUCGUCCUAUGGACAAGUUAAUAGACAUUCGAUUCCGCUACCAUCCUUUUCGCUGAUCCCUAAAAAUGCACUUACAAUAUCAAACCAGGAUCAUAGGCGAUCUGAUGAUUGUAAUAUUUAUUCAUAUGGUUCGGAUGUGAAACAAAUGGAAAGCAGAAAUUCAAGUAACUUAGCGUACCGUUCAACCUCGCAUCGACCAAAUAUCAACAAUAAAGAAGGAGAAUGUCCUCCAGAAGUAAUUGAGCAAAACGCUGACCACCUAGACUUUUUGUUUAGUAAUGCUAAUUACCUCGAAGACUACAAGGGCUUAAUGCAAUUUUAA